CGCCUUCACUCACGUCCGGUGCUUGCGACCAAUGCGCUUGGAGCGUGCUGAGGGGGAGGUCAAUAGAAAGGAUCAGGCUAAAGGCGGGUAAGCGAGCGAGCGAGGUCGGUCCCGGACGUUUUCUGGACCGGUGACGCUACUGCCGUUAUGCACCGUACUGAUUGCGGCCGCCCGGCCAUGACGUCCUCCAGCUGGCGUUACAAGAGCAGCAGCAGCAGCAGCAGCUCGGGCUCCUACAGUUCCCGCUCCGGUGCCUCCACUUCCAGGUCGACUGGUGCCCGUAGCCGGCGGCGCUCGCCCUCUCCUUGGCGCCGCCGCCGCCUCUCGCCGUUCAGCAGCCGCUGCUCGCCGCCCUCUCGCCGCAGUAGUAGGAGCUAUUUCCUGGGCCAGCACCCACCUUCUCCAAGCCAGCACUCUCCAAGUCGAUAUUCUGAAUCUUCAGUGGAACAGAGCUUGCAAAUUGUAAUUGACAAUGAUUGUUACAUCCUUGAUUCACCUGAAAGAAAGCGAUUAGGCUCUGCUGAUAGCAGUAUGGACAGGGAUGACCUGGCUGAUGGUGCAAUAUUUAGCAGAAGCCUUUUACCUUCUCGAAGCCUUGUGCAAUAUCCUUCUCUUGAGGAAAAUUCUUCUAGCUGUUUCAAAGUGAGAUGUGAUGUGGACUAUCACAGUAGGGAUGUGUUCAUUUGCCAGUCAGAUUAUAGCAUGAACUAUGACCAUCUACGUGAUCAACCAAGAGAAACCGAUACGCGUGGUGAGGUGCUUGGGAGAUCCCUGUAUUUAUCAGAGGAUAGAGGGAGAGAACCAAAACACCCUCGAUAUGAUGGACUGCUUGAUAGAAACAUGGAGCCUCAGUGUCUCUUGUCCGAAGCACAAACAUACUAUGCACAAAGUCUUAGUGGAGGUCCAAGCCCAACAUACCUGGAUGAAGAUUUCCUUAAGCUUGUAAGUGCUAGGAGAAAAAGGGAGGAACUGGAACGGAGCCAAAAUCUAAGUCAAGAACUGCCUAGCACUGGCUCAAUUAACCCAGCACAGUCAUUUGAACCUCAGUACCAUUAUAGCCCUGCUGCCACUCUAGCAAUGCCCAAAAAAUCUAUAUUGAAGAAACAGGUGGAUGGUUCUUUAAUGCAGAACUCUGGGGAUUUUUUAAAACAGAAAGAGCUUCAUGAGUUGACAGUGGAGCCUGUCAACAGGCACAGUGAGUCUGUGCUUCCUCGUGAAAGAGCCAGCCAGGAUGCAAGUGUCUUUUCUUGCAUUCUGGACAUAAUGGCAGAGUCUGCAAGUGCUCAGAAGAGGAGGUGCAGCUUCCUGGAUGACAUUGAGGAUGAAGAGAAAUUUCUUUAUGGUGAUGAAGUAGGAUCUAUUGCUAGCUUACCUUCUGCUCAAAAGCCGAUGCUAACAGAUGAGCGAGAAUGUGUACCAAGCCAGAGAGUAACUUCUCCAUCUCAUCCUAAUCAAUCUCUGAAAAUAGACACAUCAGAAGAGGCCAGACUAGAAUAUGAAAAAAUCCAUGACUUACUCAAAACUAUUGGCCUUGACAUUGGGGUGGCUGAAAUUGGUAAGCUUGCUGCCCGAACUAAGGAACGGCUCCGUGGGAAAAAAAGAUCUUGUUCUCCUGAACAUCAUUUGGUAGCAUCUCAUAAACCAGAAUUUCAGAAGAGGCACCAAGGUCUAAGUGACAUACAUUCUCUAGAGGCAAACCAGGAGUAUGCGCUGUCACCCUCUGAUUCUUUCCCAUUAUAUUAUAAAGAUAAAUCCUCUGUUUCAAACUUGGAGCACAAUAAAAGCAAUGCUGUUUGGCAGGAUAGUUCUGCUGGCACAUCAGAGCAGCCUGCUCCCUCAAUAACUUUAAUCCCAUCAGCUCCACCUUUUCCUGAUUUGUGCCCUACUCCCACUUUUUUCCCCCCGUACGUUCCACACUUUUCAUCAUUCACUGCAAGUCAUACACAAAACUAUCCACUUCCCACAAUAGCAUUUCCUGGCUGUAAUACAUACGGACUCUACACGUCUUAUGCAACUUCUGACUGGCCCAUGUUAACUCAGCAGACUGUCCCUGGACCUUCGGCCAUACAGGGGCCUGUCCAGCGAAAGGCAUUACCAAAUCCUAAACGGCCCAACCUCAGAGCUCUUGAGAGAGCUCCCCCAAGCAAAGUGACUCCUAAGAAGAAACGCGGAAAGAGACCUACCACUUCUUCUUCCUCAGACUUACUUCAGUUGUCUUCUCAAAAAAGUGAUAAGGAAAAAAUAUCUGAUGAAAGAAAUCGAACUUCUCAGAAGCAACAGAUAAUACAGGAAAGAGCAAAGCUGAAGGAUGAACAAGAAGUACAACAGAAGAAACUACACUAUUUGAGGAUUGAGUUAAAUAGGCUUUCAAAACAGCAAGAGGGGAUGCUGCGGAAGAAACGUAAAGAGAUAGACCCCUUGCUAGUGGAAGUGAACAGACAAAAAGAAAAUAUUGCAAAUAAAGUUGCUCAACUGGAAAUGAAUGUUGUUGCUGCAGAAAAGAAACAAUCUGAACUUGACAAGGUAGCUCAAAUUCUGGGCAUUAAUAUUGAGAAGUCCUGGAUACUAUCUUCAGAAAAUAAAGACUCAGAAAAAAGCAAGUCAGAAAAGUGAAGAGAUAACUUCGAGCCUGAUCAAGGUAAAAUUCUAGAUACUGAUGCUAACAGAUGAACUUGCAGGGCUGAAAUACAAACAACUCUUUUACUUGUGUAUACAGCCCACUUGCUCCUCCCUUUACACACACUAGCAAACAUACCAGUAAGUCUUCAAUUAACUAUAAUUUCCCAUUGCAUUUGACCUGAGGAUCUAUGGUUAACAACUUCAAAACAAGCCAGGAUAUUAAACCAGGUUUCAAAUUGGAUUACUGUCCUGACUUGAUCCUAAACUGUUCAUGUGAGAGUUAAAUUAUAUCCUUUCAUUGACAUAGCACCUGAGUGAGUUCUCUUUGCAGCCUCCUAAAACAGUGCUGGUGGGCUUCAGGACUCACUGGUAUGUGCAGGGGACUGCAGCAGAAGAAUGAGGAAUUUCUACUGCAUGAUAGUGUCAGCUUACACAAAGUUUAAUGCACUUCAGUUUCCUAGUUUGGAUGAAAUGGGUUAAGCCAUUGUUAGUUGCCAGCUCGCAGGAGCUAACUGUCAGUUCAGAUGAAGGGAGGACUAAAGGGGCCAUAUGUAUAUGCAAAUAGAUUGUAAAUGUCUCAGUUUGCUAAGACAAGAUAAAAUCAUCCAAACACAACUUAAUAGAUGUUAAUGAAAAAAUGGGUUUGUUUCUCUUGCCUUAGUCAACUUUAGAUUUACACUGCAAUCCUAUACAGUUCAGCUCCGAGGUAAAGUCCAUUGAAAUUAGUAUGAAUUAUUCCCAGAUAAGUGGGUAUGGGAUUGCAAUACAUUUUAACUCUAGUUUUGGCCAGUAUCAUAGAAUCUAUGGGUGAAAGAACAGUGUUUUAGGUAAGAUUGAGCAAGUUAUUGGUAUAGUUAUCAUUAGAGCUGUGCAUCAAGUUUUGGAUGAAACCUGAGAACAGGAAUGGUUCAGUUACGUUGCUUCUAGCAUCCAAGCUUUUUUCCCACAGAAGGCAAUUACACCAACUCUGCUCCCAAGAGAGACUUUGUGAAGAACUCAUGUUUUAGAAAUUAUGAGGAUUUUUUUUUUUGGGGGGGGGGGAGGCAUUAGGCAAAAAAAGAAAAAUGACAAAAGUCGCUUAGGUUUUGUUUCCCCAGAGCAAUUAGCAAGUAGAGGGUGGAUGGAGGGGAGUACUUGAGUGACCACAGGUCCACCUACUAUUGCUAGGGUAUAUUUUACCAGGGGAUCAGGUGAUUGUGCUUUUGGGAAAAGACUGAGUUCCAUUGAAUGUUUCAGUCAAAAUUUCAGUGCUUUCCAUUGCUUGCAGUUCUGUGGUGCAACUGCUUGGGACUGGGAAGUGAACUGGUAGGUAUUUCUUGUGAGUUCGGAUGGAGUAGCUUAGUAUCAGCUUUUGUCUCCUUUUGUUCAUGAUUUAAUUCUUUCUGCUUUAACUUAAUCCUUCUAUCAGCAUUUUUCCUGCAAAAUCUUUCUCUUUUAGAUAGCCUUUGAUUUCUCAGUAGUUCUGUGUUGCUUAUUGUGUAUUGAUCCAAUUUCCCUUUUCCUGGCUAUGAAAAGGAAUUAAAUUAUUUGAAUUUAAUUUUCCUGUAAUUUUUCUUGUUUGUGUAUUUGUGUAAACAUAUCCUUUGUUUCUAUCGAUGUCUCUUGGUUUGCCAGGCAGUUCACAGUGGCUGGAUUUGAGGCAAGACAUGGCAUUCAUGGACAACAAGUUAAUAUAUAAGCCCAACUUGGGGGUUGUUAUGUUGUGAAAAUUGAGAGCAUGAAUUAUGUGAGGGUUAAACAAGCCUUUUGUAACCCUAAAACUGAUAAUGGGUUGUGCUAGGGUUGUUUAACCUUUGUAUAACACAAACUCAGUGAGUUUGCAUAACAUAAAAACCUCUGAAUGGAGAUUGAAUAAUCAAAAUGAUGGCUGCAUGUCCCCUGCAUAUACCAUAGUCUCACUGUGAGUUAAAUAACCCAUGGUUACCUGUCAUAUCAUGAGAACAGUGCUAGUGCCUUACAUAGUCAUUCUUUUCCCAUAUAGUUCAAUUUGAACCUUUUUCCUCAUUGAAUUUCCCCAUCAUUUUGUUGCCAUAUUUAUUUUUUGGUUUCAUUCAAACAUUUGCAGCACAUCAGUAUUUUCAUUAAUUAUAACUUAUAAUAUUUGUGUUUAGUUUUGUUCUGAAAUUUACUCUGCUUUGUGUGUUUUAGACAGGCAGUUCAAGCCAACAGGUUUGUUUCCCCCUUACGAAUUUUGUACUAUAAAUUUAUGAUUACCAAUGUGUUUUGGUGCCUUUCUCCUUUUCUCUUGAUUUUAUUUAGUACAUGCUGCAUUACAUUAUAAUUUAUUAUUAUUUUUUAUUAACAAGAACAGAAACAAAAAUAUCACUGCAUUCAACACAAAAAUUUUUCUUUUCCAAAUUUGGUUUAAUGAAAUUCCCAUUAUUUGCUAAGCAACAGAAGUCUAAACUUCAUUCUUUGGGUCUUGUGGUCAUGCACAUGCACAUACAGCACCCCCUUCCACAUCUUUUAUUGCCAGCUUGUAGUCUAUUAUGGGAGGCAGGCAGUACAGUUUGACAUGCCCUUGGAAAAUAUGAUUGCAACCAAGUUCUUGCUUAGUCUUUGUUUUGUAUUUGUUUCACAUUAUGCUUUUUAAUUAUAAAGAAUUAAUUAUAUUGGUGAUGUUCUUUUUCAUGUGGUGUGGGUGGUCUGUGCCUCUUUUCCUGGACCACCUCCACUUUCUCCAUCCGGAGAACUUGCCCUGUUAUGUUGGUGUCAUGGUCAGAAAUGGUCUUUUCACCUUAGUGCUGCACAGCAAGUUUCUGCUGCUCUUUGGACAAAGCAUUUCCUUUUGUAGUAUAACAGUUUAGGGCAGGCAGGCAGCUGGGACACUGUGCUCUAGGAGGUGAAGCAAUGCAACUGCUGGAAUCCUGCUGUGUUGCUGUUGCUGCUUCUUGCCUCUUUCAUCCCCAUUUUCUCGCUCAGCUAGGCUUUCAGCUGCCACUGCCACCUGCCAGCCUCCACAUGCACUGUCAGUGCAGUCAGUCUAAGCCUGAGAUAGUAUUUAUUAUUAUUUUAUUUCACCAACUAAUCAAUGUUCUCUGGUUAGAUUACAAUCAGUUCCAAGACUAAAAUGUCAUACUAAGAGUUAAGUACAUCAAAUAUGAAUAUAUAAACAAGAAAGCACUCAGGUAGCCUCACUGUUGUGCCCAUCAGUGCUUCCUGCUACCAGUGUGAUCUACCAUGGCACCCUCUAGAAAUGUGCUCAUACCACUUUGUAGCCUCAGUAGUCUUGUUUAUGCCUCUAACUCUUCCUCUGUAGUUAUAAACCCUCAAAGUACAAUACCUUAAUGGGCCAGAUAGUCCAGGUAUGCCUUUGUGGCUCAAAUUAUCAAUGUGUCUCUUGUGUGGGUCAAACAAAUCCAGGUCUAUGCAUCGUGUCUCAUAUAGCAGUUAAAUAGUACAAUUUAAGCAGUAUUGAGCAAAGGGGACUCUUAUUUGUAGGGGUGAAGGAAAGAGAACUCCAUUCUUGUGGGCUUAUUUAGUCCUUCAAAUGAGGCAUUAAGGUGGUGGGGAUAAAUUGCCUUGCUCAGUUCUACUUCAAAAAGUGCUCUUCAAGCUUCUUCCCAGAUAGUUCUUUUUAUUUUCCUUUUGGCUGUGCUCAGCACUUUACUGCUUUGGUGAUAUUUUUGGCAUUUCUGUUUGUUUAUGCAGCAGGAGUCUUCUCACAUUAUUUGCUCAGCUUCCUUGCUUGCACAUUCAACCACCAAUCUUUUUAAUAAUAGUAAAAGUUGUGAAGUCUUCCCCCCACAGUGCUGCAGCUGUACAGUCAUUCAGAGUAGUACAGUUUGGUGGAUUGUCCAGAGCAGUUGUGAUGGUGAGGGGAUGGAACCAAAGAAUGAACCUUCUUCCAGUACCGUUGUAUUUCUCUAUGAAAACUCUUAAACUGAUUUAAGCUCCAUAACUCUUGCAUUUGAAUCUGUGUAUCUGAAAUGACCAGUUUCUUGUCUGGGGCACAUCUAGGGUGUGUGCAAUUACCCCUCAAAGCAUAGGAGUGAGGAAGGCCAAGCAAAUCACUUCCUCCUGUCCCUCCAAAUUGAGGGCUUCUCCUCCAUAUGAACACUGCACCUCUCCUUCUGAAACUUUGCAGCUCCUUUUACUUAAGGACAUAUGUAAUCUUAAGAACAAUGGUCCACAAGAAACAUAAGGGGCAAAGCAUGUCCACUUUUGGAGAUCCUAAAAAUGUUAAGGCUGCUCUUGUACAAAACAUCUUUGUAACCAUCAUCCUAAGAUUUGGCAGCUUGAUAUGCUCUGUAGUAGCAACUAUUCCUACAGUUUUAAUUCAUUUCUUCAUAGUAACAGAAACAUUAUUGGCAAUUUUCAUAUAUACAUACAAAACAUUAGAUAGACUAAUAACUGUAAUUUCAAAAUACUUUUUGAGCUAAAUGUUUUGGUUGCCAACUUCAUCAAUAGCUGUGAUGUAGCUCUAAAUAUUAUUUGAAAUUAGGCUGUCUAGCUUACGGUCAAUCUUAUUAAAAUAUGUAUCCCCAGGGAAUCUGGAGCCUGCUGUUCUGCUGUUGUGCUACUUUAUCACCUGCCCUCCCCCCAAUAUACUUAAAGGUACAUGGUACCCGUACCUAUCUAUCCAAGAUUGGGGAGAUAUAAUUCUCAAUUAUCAUUCAGAUGAAGAGGCAUGGGGGGGGGGGGAGUUAAGACUAUAUCUUGAAUUUCCAUUAUAGUUAGUAAGGAGGUACAAAGUCUCAGAUUUUUGAACUUGACACAGGAUUGGUUCUAAGCUGAAGUAGACAGCAACUAAAACAAGCAGAACAAUAUUGGACUACUUUCCAAAGCACUGAGUCAACAUCUGAGUUGGACAUGAGCAUCAAUCACAUCUGUAGUAAUUAUCUUCUUGUAAGAAUGAAAUAAUGUUUCAAUUGGAAGACAGUUUUGUUGGACUGAAUAGGUUGGAAAAGAUCAAUUAUGACUCUCAUAUAUAAAAGGAAAUACUUAGAACAGGGGCAGAUAUCAUGUAGCCUGCGAACUGCAUGGAGCCCCAACUCUGCCAAAUUCAUUUGCAAACAGUCACUGUUGUUAGCAGCACAGAGUACUAAAUGUUCUAAUUUAGCUUGAAAAACAAGCCACAUUUGAUUCUAUGUCAAUUCCAUUGCAGUGCCUCCUGGAUUUCAGUGGGAAACUGCCAGCUUUUUAGCUAGUGCCCCAAAGAGCAUGUUCUUCAGGAGGAGUUUCUGGGAGGGCAAAAAUGUUCACCCAAAGUUGCCUGUCACUGCUGUUGACCAAAGGCAGAAUUGCAAACAGUGCUUCAUGUAGGGACCUAGUGAUACAUAAAGCAGAACACAGUUUUAAAAAAUAAAUUGUUUAAAAUUCUGUAGUUACUUUGUUCACCUCUACCUUGUAUUUAGAUUCUUGGUCAAAUUAUUAUUUUAGCAACACCAACUGGCCUUCUGGGGAAUGUGUGUUUGUGACUGGCUACAUGCACUAUGUCAAUGAAUGGGCAAAUUCUAUAUGACAGGCAUUUUGUGAGAGCACCCACAAAAAAUUUAAAUCUGCCCAGUGUUCCAUAAAGGUUGGAGACCCCUGAUCCAAGAAGAUCCUACACAUCGAUAAACCUAGAAUGUUCAGGUAUUGAAUAUUCACUUUGGAUUUGAUACAUAAGAAAAUAAUCAAGGCUGUAUCAAUACUCUUCAUAUAUUGUGAAUAAUACCUUUUAGAUUCUAGGACUGGACUAUUUGAGAAAAUCACAUUGUUGGCUUCCAAUGAAAUCACAAGGGGGAAAAGGAGUCUCCCAAAGGCAAGGGUAUUGUUGUUAGAAGAUUCAAAAUAUAGAAAAAUGAAGGUUAUAGUCAGAUUACUUCUUCAUUCUAAUCUUGAAACUUCAAGUAUGAUAUGAAUUCAAAGGAAUUCAAUCAUUUAUUAUAUUGUUAAGUGUUUCAUAUAUUUUAUUUGAUUGUUCAUUUUUGAUUGUUAUAUUGUUUUUUCUAUUUCUGUUGUAAGCCACUUAAAGAGUCCUUGGGCUGAUAAUGUGGAAUAUUAGUUAAAUAAAUAAAUAGACAGACAGACGAAGUUCAAUACUCAGUCUCAUGACUAGAAUAAAGAGGGAAGCCUCCCCCUCAAGAAUACUGAUGUGUCUAGAUGGAAAUUGCAAAUGCCAUGUGGGAUAAACCCAGUAUUAGACAUCCCAAGCACAAAUGAAAAAUACUAUACUUCCAACAGAAUCAUAAACAAGUAAAGAAAUCUGACCAGAGAUGACGAAAAAAUGGAGCAAUCAAGCUACAGAUCCUUUUCCUUUUAUGAAUUGUGAAUAUGGUGUAUGUGGGAGUGAUUUAUAUUGGAGCGGAAUAGAGUUGAAUAAGAUUUUAAUACCAGAAGAGCAACCAAUAGGAAUUUUAUUACCUACAUUUCAGGAUAGUCUAGAUUAUCAAGUAUAUGAAAUAAAUAUAAGCUAAAUUAUGCAUGGAUCAUUGGAAAUUGUAGAUCAUUUGUUAUAGGAUAUAAAGAUAUUUUAAUUCAAUUUCCCUGAAAGGGAAUACAUCAAAAAUAAAUUUGGGUUUGAGUAAUGAAGAAAUCGUUUUCUUAAAAGGAUGAAUUGACACCAAACUGAGCAUUCAUUAUUCAUACACCAUGAAAAAAAACUGUUUAAGAUAAAGACAUUGGAAAACAGAAAGGUGAGGACCAGAUUCAGGGAUUCAGCCUGUGCUGGAUGGGGUUACACUCCCCACUGAAGACACAGAUUCACAGCUUAGGUAAGUGAUUUAAAUAUGAAGGAAGGUGUCCAGGGAUGACUUUACACACAUGCUUUUCUUCCUAUUGCAAUCAUGUUCCAGCCAGCCCUCAAGUAGUUGAGGAAUUGGAACGAGGAGGAAGACUCAUUGGCCUUCCAAUUUUUUGAUUCUGUCUGAUUCAACUCAAAUAACUUAGUUGAAAUUCAGAAGUAUAGAUUUUGUGCCUCGCAUUUACUAUCAUGGGAAAUUUCUGAAAGAUUCUAAUUCUUUUUCUGAUUAUCAGAUGUGCAUUUAGCAAGUACAGUAGCCAAUUUGGAGGGACUACAUCUUCCAAAUUUCAGAAAAAUAGGUGAAGUAUUUUGGAUUUUGAUUUUUUUAAAAAGAGCUGCUAAUAUUCUUAUUUUUUUCUUGGUAGAUUUAGCUUGCUACCCUUCUGAUGGAAUCAAUUCUUUCAAGUUUCAGAAAAUAGGUGCAGGGAGUUUUGUGCAGAAGCAGCCUUUACAUCUGAGGGUAUUCAAAAGCGUGUGUUUCUUGUAUUUUUCUGAAAAUGCGAGGCAGCAUAAAAAGUCUCCAUGAUUAAGCAAAUUGCGGUGUUUCAGAAGAACCGUUUCAUCCAUUUAUGUGGAAUAGCAGUCCUCAGUGGGCAGAGGAGGGGACUGCUUUGCUUCUCUUUACCUUCUCUGUGUUGUUCUGGGCAAUUUAUAUGAUGAUGACACGCAUUUUAGAGGGGUCUUCAAACAAGAAACUUGAAAAGUUUCUGAGGAUCAAUGUAGGGUCUAGAGAGACAUAAUGAUUGAAAACCAGUUAAAAGGUUUGUUUUCAUAGUGAAGCCUAAGCCUGGUAGCAUUGGAAGUUUAGUCAUCUGGAUGGACUGGAUGAACUCCAGUAAACUGAGGCUGAAGCCUGGCACAGUGGAAACUCUGUGGGUGAGCAGUUCCCUGAGUCCGGGAGACAGGCUCAUUGCCUGUUUUAGAUGGGUUGCGCUCCCUCUGAAAGAUCAAAGUCAUAAUCUAAGAAUAUUCCAUCAGAGUAACUGGUGUAACUUGGAGUGCCUUUUGGCAUUUCCUAUGGGCUCUCUUGAACAGGCCCUAGUGAUAUAGGCCCUGGUAACCUCAAGACUGGAUUUAUCCAUUUGCUUUAGGUGGGGCUGCUGUUAAGCCUGGUCUGGAUGCUGAAACUCAUGCAGAAUACAGCAUGUCAGCUGUUGUUAGGAGCUUCUCCUUUUCAGCAUGUAAUUUCCUCGCUAAAGGAGCUGCAUUGGCUGCCUAUUUGCUACUAGACCAGGUUUUAGGUUCUAGUGCUAGCAUACAGAGCCCUGAACAGUUUAGGAACAUGGCACUUGAACAUACACCUUGUGCUUGUCAGCUUUCCUAAUCAUUGGAGGCCAUUUUCCUAGGGGUUCCACAUGGCUGCCUGGCCGUACUGGAAUCCACCAGGAGAAGAACCUUCAGUGUGGUGGUGCAAUUUCUGUGGAAUUCCCUGCCUUUAGCAAUCAGUCAGGCACCAAAUACUGUGUAUUUUGGCACCUGCUGAAGACAUCUUUGUUCUGGGAAGCUUUCUUGCUGACCAGCCAUGGUUUUGGAUUUCUUGUUGUUUUAAUAUAUUAAUUUUAUUUCUUUAUCUCUUUCAAAUUGGUACUGUACACUGCUCUGAAAAGUCAUUGGAUAUGGAAUAGUACACAGAUACUAUAAAUACAUACAUAGAUACAUCUCCCAGACCUAUUCAGAUCAUGCCUUUCCACAAAGUAUGAUUGGAGAUCACCUAGUAGGAUGUGUUCUACGUUUCAGUGGUGUACCUGUCAGUCACUCAACCUCUUUCUUCCUUUCUCCCCUAAUCAGUGUUUAAAUGAAACCAAAAACACUGGUUAUUGGAAUCAUGCAGUUCUGCCUUUACAAACCUAAUAUAGUUCUGAUCACUUUAGAGGGAGGCAGGCUCAGAAUGUAUUAGGAGUGGUCUGAGGGGCCCCAGUUAGGCUUGGGAUCUGAUGCAUGUCUCUAAGAGGAACAGCUGAAUAAUUAACAGCUUUAAGGACACAAUCCUAUGCAUUAUUGGCAAAAAAAAGUCCUGAACUCCCACCAUCCCAACAGUACCAUCAGUCCUCACUGGCUUAUCAGUGUAGACUAUUUAGAAACAUAUGAACAAAGAGGGAGAACCAGAGACAUUAAAGAAACAUAUGGCUUUGAUUCAGCCUUGCAUUUGUCCACUUGUAUUUCAGUGGGAUAGGAGAGCCUGGGGGAAUGUUGUCCAUGGGGUCGUGAUGGGUCGGACAUGACUUUGCAACUAGCAUAGCAUAUGUAUUUCAGUGAGAUUAAAAGAGAACAAUAAUAUAAGAAUGAGAUAGUAGCUGUGCAUUAAUGAUUUUCCUGUAAGAACAUGUGAAAAAUUAUGUGUCAGAAUGAAUAGGAUUGAAAGAGGUUCAUUAUAAAUCAAUAUAAGAAGACUAUAGUUCUAAGUACAAAAUGCAAAUGUUGUCACAUGUCAUGUUGUUAGCAAAACUUAAGACAGAAAAUAAUUAAGAAAAUCUGUUUGUUAAAAUGCUAUGGAGUUCUGUCUUGUUUUAUUCUAUUUAGUUAUGAGAAAGUAUAUAAAAUUAUUUGUCCAGUAAAGAAACAGGAUGCAUGAGAACAAACGAUAUAAAGCAGGGAUGGGGAUUCCCCCCCCCCCCCACAAAGACUGAAUCAUGAUUAGGCAUCUAAAGUUCUGUGAGCUGCGGCUUCAGCUUUGUGCAAGAACUCCUGCUGUUACCUCUGAGUAGAGCUUAGAGCUGGGAUUUCCCAAGAAAGGCAGCCUUUCUUCAGCGCAGUAUACGGUAUCCUUACUCUUAUUUCUAAUCCAUGGUCAAGGAGAAUGGUAAUAUAAGGACGUUAAAACUUUUAAAAUCAUUCCAGGUAUUGAAUAUUUGAGUAUUUUUAAAUGUUAGAUUUUAUGAGCUUGAAACCUGUUUCACCAAGGCUUAUUCCUGAGUAGAAAGUCAUAGAAAUAAGCCAUGGUCUGUAUGCUUGGUAGAAAAAUGACCAAAUUAUUACAGUUUAUAUCUGGUUCUGCCUGAUGUGUUUUGGCUUCAGACAUUUUGUUCUUGGCCCUGUCUACUGCUAAAAUGUGGCCCCUGAGAACUUUCCUAAAUUGGAAAUAAGAUAUUCAGCCAUAAAGUGUUCACCAACCUUGAUGUAAAGUCUGUGCACUCCACCUGACUUAUGCACCUUUUAGCGUCUGUAAAUAAGAUUCUAAGCUAAACUUUCUUUUUUGUUGAAUUAUAAUCCUGAUGUGCUGGGGGUUGGAUGCAGAGAGCCACCCACAUAACAGAGUUGUUGGAAAGUGACUUUCCUUCCCCCUCUUCUCCCUGCCAGCCACUGGAGUCCUUCAAAAAAGACCAUCCAUGAGCUGGGGGACACACUGAGUGAGUUGUGGUAUAGGGGCUGAGUGGGAAGGGAAAGAUGGCAAAAUUCUGUGGAAGGCCAUUUAUUUUCCACUCACAGAAGAUGUCUUUGCCUAGUGUUCAUCUGACUUACCCUUCUUUCAGCCCCCUAUACUACAGCUUCCCCGUACAUCAAGGUCCUUUGGCCUUAGGAAAACAUUUUGCAAGGGGAACUUUGUGGGCUGGUGAGAAGAAGAAGGAGAGGGAAAAUCAGCUUCCACCAAUACAGUUGGAUUAUUGAAUCCUAGCAUGCAUGUGUGCCCGUGCACACACAUUGCUAUCCAAAGGGACAUAGAAGUUGAAAUAUGUUGUCCUUUUGAUCUUUUCUUUGAUUAAAUGUCAGUGCAGUUCUGCUGCCAUAUCCAUGGAA